UUGAAGAAGGUUCUAAUAGCUCUCCUCCAUUUGUACGCCUCCCUCAUCUCUGUCUCUCUCCUCUCUCCUCUCUCUCUCUCUAUGCUUUGCUAAGUCCGACAACACAACAUAUGGUGGCAAUAUCAGAACCCUGAAUCUAGGCCAUUAAAAGCCAGAGAUCUCGACUAAUGGAAGCUACUGAAAUACGCCCCACCGGACUGGUCGGUUUUGGAUCAGAACCGGCAGGACAAGAGAGGGAAGAUGACGAUUACCUGGCCGAGUUGACUCGCCAGAUGGCCAACUACAUGCUUCAAGACGACGACAAGUCAUGGGGAGGGUCUGGUUCGCCGCAAUCGACACUAGGUUCGCCGUUUGGCUUUGGCUCAGGCAGCUCCAUCGGCCCGUCACCGCCAUUGACGCCGGCCUGGGAGGAGAUGAAGGUAAAACAAGCCCUAAUCAUUGAUCAAAUCAGAUCGGCUCAAUCAAACUUUCGCAAGAUCAAGGAAGAUAGAGAGAGGGAGAAGCGAGAACAGAGGAACCGACACGACGGCGUUUUCGGGAAGAAAGCAAGUGACGGGAACUACCAGCGAAGUGGGUCGGGUAUGAAAGCGGUGUUCCUUGACGGGUGGGGUUCGAGACCCAGAUCCGCCGGAACCGGUGUGUUUUUGCCACGUGGCACCGGCGCCGUUUCGGAGUCGCGCAAGAGAACAGGAGGUUCGAGAGUGAUAAUACCGGCAAGAGUAGUUGAAGCCUUGAAGCUUCACUUUGACAACAUUGGUGCCCCCCCUAAAUUCGCCUCUCAUCUCCCUCCCCAUCACCAUGAUGCUUUGUUGGUAGCCACGAACAAUGGCAGCUCAUCAUGGCAGCGACCACGGAAGGGGAAACAACAACCACCGGCGGAUCUGCCGCCUGAAUGGACCUACUGAUCAGUUCGUCUUCAGACAGAAUAUUGGCACGUGCCCUCUAGGUUCACCAGGGUUUAGGGACAAUGAUCAAUUCUUCAUCGACAAAUUAAGUUGAUGAAUAAAAGGAAUAUGGUGUACUACGAGAAUAAGAGAAAUGUGAUUUAUGUUCUGUGAUCGUACGUACGUGGCUGGCUCAAGGCAAAAUCAAUCAUUUAUUGAUGAAUAAGAUGCAUGGAUAUUUGUUUA